AUCUGAGAUUUUAGUUUGCUACUUCUUGCAUAAGGGUAUUUUGGUAAUUUUGCUCUCAAAAGUGGUGGGCCAUGGCCACUAUUUGGGUUAUUUACAGAUUACUUUAACGGGUUUUCGGACUUUCAAUGUUUUCCCUCUGUGUCCCGAUUUUUAUACACUAUUUUGUCACAUAGUGGUUUGGACUUGGGGGCUUUCUGGUAAAAUCACCUCACCUGGCCCCUGUGCACGCUGGAAUUUUUCCUGGAAUCCAGCUCGUUUGUCUCCAAGAGAGAGAGAGAGAUGGUGAGAGGGCGACGAACUCGCCACUCCCAUCGACCAACAGCAUCGGCGAGCACAACUAGCGGAGCCGCCUCCACCUCCACCUCCACCUCCACCUCCACCUCCGACCACCGCCGCAGGAGCCGAAAUCUGCUCGGCCCAGCAUUGGCGAAUACAAUCGACGCCACAUCAAGACGGCCGGUUAGGCGUCUCAGAGCAGAUGACGCCCGAUCAGCUGCAAGAGGAGAAGAUUUGGAGUGGAAGGUUAGGGAGAAGCUUAGCUGCUGGGUCAUCUUCGGCGCCAAUUGCAAAUACGAGGAUGAUGCCAAUAUGUUCGAUAGAGUUGUCGGUGCUUUCACAACUUAGCAAAUCCUGUCAUUUCAGGUAUGUCGAGUUACCGAUUCGUAUAUAUCAUUCUUUCCAUGUGAGCGAGCUAAAGCGGCUGCUUAGCCUAUCGUGUUUAAAGUGCUUAAAGAUGAAGAAUAGGAAGGAGUAUAGGGUGCUGCCAAUGAAUUACAAAGCUUAUGGUGACUUGCCUGUUGGCGUCGAAGAGAAUUUUCAAUCAAUCGUCGGUUAUUGGCGCGGUGUUUUCAAGCGUAUUCCCUAUUUACCGUUUGACCAGUGUUUGAAGACAAGAUGGCUGGGCUCGGAAGAGAUGCCUCAGGAACUUGGAACAAGUUGGGAUACAAAUUGGUUAUCGACGUCAGUAUUUUGGCAGAUUGAUUUUGUUUUGGAGGUGUAUUCUUCCGAUCGUGACUUUUGUAUUUAGAGGCUAGAUAUGAAGAUCUUAAUCUUUCUAUUUGAUUAAAUUGAUUGGAACCUGGCACUCUUUGGAUUAAGGCUGUAAGCUUAGUCAUGUAUUAGGAAUUUUCCGUCUCUGGGAGAAUUUCACGCUUGGACUCUACUCAUUCAUUAUUGCUGGGAUGUGGAGAAGUUGUUUGCGGUGCUUGUGGAGAAGGCAUAGAUAGGAAGAUGAGGAAAUAACAAGAAGUUCUUUCUUGUUCGAUGAAGCGGGUGCAACUGUAGUUGAAAAACACGAUCUUGAUUCAUCUCCAUUUGCCACUGUGGCAUGCAAUAUUUGCAUGGAGGAUGUACCUGAUGCUGCAGUGAUAAAAAUAGAGUGUGGCCACAACUUUUGCAACAACUGUUAGCUUGGUUCUUUUGUCUGUUGGCUUGCUAGCUUUAUUACCUUAUAGUAGUUAUCUAAGGAAGUUUCUGAAACCAUGGACUAGCCUAUGGGCCACCUUAAUGCACAGGCCCACAGAUCUCGCAGAUUUUAGAUGAAGCUUAGGAUCCAAUUAUUGUAUUUAUGCUCCUGCUACUGUUCUACCUAUUUGAUACUUUGGAAUUACCUUCCUCAGGGGUUUUUAACUUUUUGUUGGGAAGUGUGUUUACUACUAGGUUGUUUAGAAAUAUAACUUCUUUGGGAAAAA